GUCUGUCACCGCCCCGAGCUGCAUGCUGCAGCGAAGUGUACCUCCUGGAAACAGCGGAGGCUGAAGCGGGAAGAAAACAACUGCAGAAACAAAACAAGUUUGAUGUAGUUUUCACAUGCUCUCUGCCUGUUUUCUAGCUAAAAUACAAACAGGUGGAUUUCUCCCAAUCGAUGGCAUUCCAAGGUUGGCAGCAUCCCUAUGUUAACAUAUUCAAACAUGUCAAGCUUGAAGAAUGGAAAAAGUCGGCCAAAGUGGGCGACGUGUCAGUAUAUACGGACAAGACAUUAAUGUGUCCAGUGUUCCGGAUCAAAGGUCCUGUCCCUGCCAACAGCUACAUCCUGGUUCCCAAAAGCACCAACCACUCCCUGGGGCUGACAGGUCGCUACUUUUACCUUCUCUUCAGGCCCACUCCAGACAAAUACUUCAUGGUUCACCUUGAUGUCACUGUGGAGGGGGGUCAAGUGGUCCGAAUAUCGUUUUCCAACAUGCUUAAAGAGUUCAAGUCCACAGCUACAUGGCUUCAGUUUCCUUUCCUGUGUGGAGCUGCAAAGGAUUCUGUUGAUGAAUGCACAUCCAUAACUAUGAAGCAUGGUAUGAUGGACCGAGCUCCCGCCUCGGUGCGUUGGACCUGUCUGAUGAUAGAUCUGCAGUUCACGCUUUCUGUCUACCUCAAUCGCCACUACAGUCACCUGAAGAGCAUCAAGCUUUGUGCCAACAUGGCUGUCAAAAACAUGUUUACCAGUGACCUGCUGCUAGAUCCAGGAGUUUCCUUCAAUGAAGCAAAGCAGAUGGGCCUGACCUCUUCUCGGGGAACUGGUUCUAUUCCCAGAGAGAUGUCCUUCCCCGUGCCAAAAGGAGCCUCCUGGCAUGACCUCUAUGAUCACAUAAGAUUUCCCUCUGAUGGAACAAAGUUACCUUUUGACUCAAUUCAAAAAGAAAAUCCAAAGCCAAGCGCUCGAAGUGCUUCAAGGCAAAUAAACCCUGUGAGAGAAGAGUCUCACAGUGUGAACCUCAGCAAACCGGUUCAGGACCGUGUAUCCUUCAGCCAGCAGAUCACCAUUCCAAAAUCACUCCCGAAGAAUCAAGCUGCUGUGGAAUCUAGAAUUCCUGAGCUGUGUGUUUUUUCUUCUAAUCAGAAGGAUGAACUUUGGCAUAAUGACGACCAAAUACAGGACUCUGCUCUCUCCAGUUUACAUCAUCUCACAUCCAGGCAUGUGGCUGAUGACGGGGGAAUUCAUGUGUACGUUCACCCUGAAGAAGAUCUCAGCACGCAGGAGGAGGAAAGUGAAGAAGAGGUGGUGUUGAGUCCAGUUCCACAUCCUGUGUCUCUUCCGUCGUCCAAUCAAACCAAACAACAGAGGCUGCUCCCAGACCCGAUCCUCAGAUUGAGCAGAAUCAUUGGCUUUGGUGGAGCUACUACUAAGCAUGUCCUGUGGACCAAAUCCGGUGAUGCAGUGGUGUAUCCAUGUCACGCAAUUAUUGUCUCAAUGAAGAUUUCCUCCAACAAACAGCGAUUCUUCAUCGGCCACACGGAUAAGAUUUCUGCUCUGGCCUUUAACGGCAACACAACGCUGCUGGCUUCCGCACAAACUGGCAACUAUGGUGUAGUUCGACUUUGGGACUACAGUACAGGAAAUUGUCUGACAAUGUUAAGGAUUCAUGCUCACUCCUUAUCAUGCCUGAGCUUCUCAUAUGGUGGUGGUGUUCUCUGUGGAGUGGGUAAAGAUAGCCACAAUAAAACUAUGGUGGUGGUGUGGAGCACCAUAAAUGUUACCAAAGGUGGAGAGGUGACCAUUUUAGCCAAAGCACACACAGAUGUGGACAUUAAUACCAUGAAGGUCGCCUUCUUUGACGACACGAGGUUAGUCUCGUGUGGUCGUGAGAAUAUUCGUUUGUGGCGAGUGCGGAGCGGGACUCUACGCUCCUGUCCGGUCAACCUGGCUGAAUACCACUCGCUGGAUUUCACCGACGUGACCUUUGAAGAGGGAAGCUCCUCCGACAAGUAUUAUGACGAUCGAACUCUAUAUGCCAGCAGUCGAAGUGGUCAUAUUUUUGAGAUUGACUAUAGCAGAGUUGCUAUAAAACAUGUUAGGCGGUUGCUGCCUGCUCAGCAGCAACAUGCAGAGCGCAGAGAGAAAUGGACUUCUAACACAGGUCCAGGCAUUGCCAUUAACAGCAUCAGCGUGUCUUCAUCCUUCUGUGCCACGGGUUCUGAAGAUGGCUUCCUGCGUCUGUGGCCUCUUGAUUUUUCUGCUGUCAUUUUAGAGGCUGAGCACGAGGGACCUGUGAGUGAGGUGUUGGUCUCGUUUGACGGCCUUCAGGUCCUGGCAGCCACCUCGGCUGGUAACUUUGGUUUUCUUGACGUGAACAGCCGAGGCUACAUCACUCUGAUGAGGUCACAUACAGACACUGUGCUCAGCUUCAGUGUGGAUGGCAUCCGUCGGCACCUCACCACGGCCUCUUCUGAUGGAACCGUGCGAGUUUGGAGCAUGGAUUCAUUGCAUCAGUUGUAUGACUUCGUAUCUGAGGACAGGCCCUGCUGUGUGGCCUUCCAUCCACACGAGCAGACCUUCUCUUGUGGCUUCAGCUCAGGGACCAUCAGAGUCUUUGAUGUUUCCAGCUCCAAACUGCUGGCUGAACAUAAACAUCACAGAGGAGAAGUGAUUGGGCUGGCCUUUUCUCCAGAUGGGGAGUUCAUGUUCAGUGCUGAUUCAGAGGGUUCUCUGGCACUUUAUGACGCCUCAGAGGAAGAUCACACUCUCAUCAGAGUUGCUUGUAAUGUUGUGGCUCGAGGCUCUGAGCGCGCUCCAGAUGCUCUUGCUGUUAGCAGAGACAGCUGCUGUCUGGCUUUUGUUGGUCCCUCUGAGUACAUUGUCACCAUUGCUGACGCCCGCUCUCUGGACGAGUUGCUUCAUGUAGAUGUGAGCAUUUUGAAUGUAGGGAGCUCCCAGUUGGACUCGGCUCUGAAGGUCUGCUUCUCUCCGACCUCGACGGAGCACCUGCUGGUCGCCACAUCUGCAAACAAGCUCCUCUGGAUCAGCACCAAGACGGGCCGUCUGCUGCGAGAGGUGUCCAAGGUGCACAAACAAGAGUGGUCAUCCCUGGCUGCGAGUGAAGAUGGUCGGUUCCUGCUGACAGCUGGGCACAAUGCUGUGAAAGUGUGGGAUUAUAGCAUGCAGCAUCAUAUUAACUCACAGUCUGGGUUCCUUGUCUUUUGGUGAAAACAGCCCAGCAAACCAAACCGGUCCAGUUCCUGUCACGAGUCCCGAUCGGACUUCUGAUCCCACAUCUGCUGUCUCCUUUCUUAAAGUCACAGACCUGGAGAAACCAUCUCCUCUGAAUGUAAAAAACAUGGAACCUGUUGAGUUGAAUCAAGAUAAGCCUGUGCAUCCAGAUUGCUACAAACACUUUUUCCCCUUCAAGACCUCCUCUCUUGAUCAGACUGUUGUAACUCCCCAAAAAGAUGAAGAAGGCAUGGAGCUAAAAGCGGUGAUUGGCUACAACGGAAAUGGUCGCGGCAACAUGGUGUGGAGCCCUGAUCGAGGUUUGUUUGCGUACUCCUGUGGUUGCGUUGUGGUGGUGGAGUAUCUUCAUUCACAAAGUCAGAGUCACCUGCGGGGCCACAGCCAGGAGAUCUCCUGUCUUGCUCUCACAAAUGAUGCACAGGUCUURGCGUCAGCAUCUUACAACAGUGACAACAGCAGAAGCCUCAUCUUGAUUUGGGACAUUCAGAAUGGAGUUUGUCGCAGUACCGUCUCCUAUCAUAAGGGGGCAGUACAGAGUCUCGCUUUCUCCCAGGAUGACCUCUUAUUUCUUUCUGUUGGUGAUUUUUCUGACCCAAGCUUGGCUCUGUGGAGCAGUAAGAACUUCCAGUUGAUGUCCAGUGUGAGGUUGACGGGUCCAGUUCAUGAUGCUGCCUUCAGCCCCUCAGCAGCUAAUCAGAUGGCAUGUGUGGGCAGUCAGGGGCUUUAUUUCUGCCUCCUCCACACACAGGGACCAAACGUUGACCUCAAGGUCCAAAAGGUGACAGCACCAGCUGAGGUGGGUGAUGUUGAGCUGACAGCUCUGUGCUACCAUCUGGACUACUUUCUGUUCACAAGCACUAAUAAAGGACAUGUUUGUGCCUGGGACAUUAAAACACAGAGCUGCUUCAUGAUCUGGGAAGCCUCUGAUGGAGAAAUAGGUGUGCUGCUUUGUCGAGGAAAUUGUUUGUUGACAGGCAGUAACACACACUGGCUACGUCUGUGGGAUGUUGAGGCUGUCCGGGAUUUUAGGUCCACGGGUAAAGUCUGCAGUGUAGAUGGUGAGACGAAGGUGGUGUUGGAACAAGAGAUGAUGCUGGACGGGACGGUGGUCAGUGCAGCGUUUGAUAACUCCUUGGAGAUGGGCAUUAUUGGGACCACCGCAGGAACCCUCUGGUACAUCAACUGGUCAGACAACAGCAGCAUCCGUCUGGUCAGCGGACAUCAAACCAAGGUGAAUGAUGUYGUUUUUAGCUAUGACGAGUGUCACUUUGCGACCUGCAGCGAGGAUGGCAGUGUGAGGAUAUGGUCGACCUCCAGCUAUGAACUGGUGGUGCAGUUUCAGGUCCUCAACCAGACCUGUGGCUGUGUKUGCUGGAGCCCUUCUUCUAGUACAGACAGCAUGACAGUAGCUGCAGGGUACAGUGACGGGACCCUGAGGAUUUUCAGGCUCGUUUCGACAGAAAUGGAAAUGAAGCUUCAUCCUCAUCAGGUGGCUGUCACUGCCAUCCAGUACUCUGCUAAUGGUCACGUGAUCAUUUCAGCGGGGAGGAAUGGUCUAAUAGCCGUGACUAGCCGGUUAAAUGGAGCAACAAUUCKUGUCAUCAGGGACCACAAAGGAGCGACUGUUUCCAUGAUCCAAUGUGUGAAUGAACAGUGCAAGAAGUUUGGCCUGGAAGGAAGUGAGCUGUGGUUGGCUGCGAGUGCCGACAGACGCGUCAGUGUGUGGACUGCUGAUUGGUCGAAGGAGAAGUGUGAUCUCUUAGACUGGCUGUCCUUCCCCGCUCCAGCCCCAUUUGCGGGUGACAGCCUGCCCCCCAGCCUGGCUGCCUUCUGCCCAUCGGAUCACAGCCUGGUGGUCUACUCUGGUUAUGGAGUAGAAAAAGAGCUGACUUUCUACAGCUUAGUGAGCAAACAGAUAAUAAAAAAGAUUGCGUUGCCCCACUGGGUCACCUGCCUGAGCCUCUCCUCUAAGAAGCAACUCAUAGCUGUGGGAUGUAAAGAGCGAGUGUUGAAGCUGCUGGAGUCCACCAGUGGAAGAUUUCAGGACUUCUUGCUGCACAGCGACUCUCUGCAGACGUGUCACUUCUCUCCCUCCGGGACGCUUCUUUUAUCUGUGGCUCAUAACGAGGUCUUGCUGUGGGAGGUGCACGGCCUCUGAGAACCUCACAUCUGUUUGGACAUUUUAAUAUUGUAGGUUUGUCCACUACUGCACCCGGCAGGAUUUUACUGUUCCAAUAUUCAUUUGUUAGGAUAUUAGGUUGGAGUUUAUGACCAUAUUUUGUUCAUGUUUGGUUUUAAAAUAAACUUUUUUAUGAAAGAGA